CGAAAACCCUACUGAGAGGUUUUAUUUCUUUGUCUGGUCAGAUUUGUUUCUCACAAACAUCAUUACCCAAACUCCAUUGUUAGCUCAGCUCAAGUUCUUACCUUCUCUUCUUAAUCUUCCUCUGACAGAACUGGUUGUACCUUAAUCUACAAGUGAUUCCGUAAUCUCAAGAUGUUACCAACUGAGUCAAAGAAAUCCUUGUCAUUCAAAAGGUGUAUUGAAGUUGGAGACUUGGUAAUUGUUUACGAGAGACAUGAUGUGAUGAAACCUGUGAAAGUAAGCAAAGACGGUGUGCUUCAGAACCGUUUUGGUUUCUAUAAACACUCUGAUUGGAUCGGGAAGCCAUUAGGGACGAAAGUAUUCAGCAACAAGGGUAAAUUUGUGUACUUGUUGGCUCCAACUCCUGAGCUAUGGACAUUGGUUUUAAGCCACAGGACUCAGAUUCUUUACAUUGCGGAUAUUAGCUUCGUUGUUAUGUAUCUAGAAGUUGUGCCUGGCUGUGUUGUUCUUGAGUCAGGCACAGGAAGUGGUUCGCUUUCUACUUCACUUGCUCGAGCUGUGGCUCCAACUGGACAUGUGUAUUCGUUUGAUUUUCACGAGCAACGAGCUGUCUCUGCAAGGGAAGAUUUUGAGAAGACGGGAAUUAGUAAUUUAGUAACCGUAGAGGUUAGAGACAUUCAAGGAGAAGGUUUUCCUGAGAAAUUGUCAGGUUUGGCUGAUUCGGUUUUCCUAGACCUUCCACAGCCUUGGCUCGCUGUUCCUUCUGCAGCAAAGAUGUUAAAGCAGGAUGGAGUUCUCUGCUCUUUCUCACCUUGCAUCGAGCAAGUACAACGCACUUGUGAAGUCCUCAGAUCAAAUUUCAUAGAGAUAAGAACUUUCGAGGUGCUUCUCAGAACAUAUGAAGUGAAGGAAGUGAAAAUGGAUACUAGUAGUAUGGUUGAUGAGAGCCACGAGGAGGACAAUGGGGGAACGAGACCUUGCAAGAGAAAACACCGUUCAAAUGAAGACGACAACGUUUCACGUGACAACUCUUCUUCUAAUGCUACUUCAGUCGUCAUGGCUCGACCUUGUAGUGAUGCAAGAGGUCACACCGGUUACUUAACGUUUGCAAGGCUCCAGUGUCUAGCUUAGUCCAAAUUCUCUAAUCAGUGGAUUAAUCUCAAAGUUACCAUGUAUUAGAUAUUACAUGAUUUUAUGUCAUUACGCUUUUCUGUGUUGCGAGUUUGUUUGUUUUAAUACAAAGAUUAAAAUUUGGUGA